AUGCCAUCUCAAGAACUGCCGAGUAUCUACGCGGAGCUUCUCACAAACAUCCGCCAGCUCUCCAUCGCGGUCUCCCUCCCCGCUCCCGCAGGCGGCCACACACACGGCCUCGUCACGCCAGACGGCGCGACGCUCCAGCUCCAGCACGCAGGCGCGCAGACCUCCUUCCCGCUUCCAGGCAGAGUCCACGCCGGAGGAGCCGCUCUGCCCACACCGCCGCCGGCAUCACGCGCAAUCGCAUGGCGUCUCCCGCUGGCAGCCGACGCCUCGGCCCCGCCGCCGACGCGCAGCCCGCACGAUGAGCCCGUGCCGUGGACGGCGCUGGACCUAGCCCCGGGCUCCGCCGUGGCGUGUAGGAGCUGCGCCGCGCCCCUGGUGCCCGACGGCCGCGCGAGGGAGUGGAAGGACCUGCCGAGCGAGAACUGGGCCGAGAUGAUGGACUUUUGGCACUGCCACAAACCGACGGACCACGAGCACGGCGGGGAGCACGAGCACCUGACCAAGCGCGGGUACGGCGCCAACUCGAGCAUCGCGGCGCAGCCCGGCGUCGGCAUGGUGGACCUCACCUCGUUCCUGUUUUCCGAGUCCGACUGCACGGGCCUGGAGGCGGCCAUAUCGGCAGCUUGCGCUGCCGCUCAGUGA